GUCAUUUGAACUUAUUGGGACUGUGCGGGUCCGACAUGUCGGGGAAUUUACAUUGUAUUUUGAGACGUUUAAACCUAACAAAAGGCGCCGGACAACUACUGGAGAGACGGUCAACUGGACUUCUGGCAUCAGUGAAGCAAUCAAACUUCGCCAAUGAUGUGACCGUAACAGCAGCCCCCGUCGCCGUAAAGAAAGAAGCAAUUAGUAAGGCGAUGAAAGCUUAUUUGGAACGUGCCCAGGAACAUGAUAAAUUCAUGAAAGCUCAGACCUUAGAAUACCAAAUUGGCAAGCGACAUCUGGCCAACAUGAUGGGAGAAGAUCCUGAAACUUUUACUCAAGAGGAUGUGGAUAGGGCGAUUGAAUAUCUCUUCCCAUCUGGAAUCUACGAUAAAAAAGCACGUCCUAUGAUGAAGCCGCCAGAGGAAAUCUUCCCAGCAAGGAAAGCAGCGGAAUUUGAUGAAACUGGACGUCCGUUUCAUCCAAUGUUUUACACUUCGAAGCCGAACUUUUUUAAACUUCUUUAUGACAUUGUUGAAGAGAUGAAUACUUUGUACAGUUUCGAAGAGCGCAUGAAUCGCAAGGGGGCAAAGCCAGAUCCAAACCUUAAACUAGAUCUUAUUGGUUAUGAGUGGCUUUCAAAAGAAAAACUCGAAGACAGAUUGGUGGAGAAGAUCGCUGAUAUCGAAUAUACUAACUUUGUUAGCGCUAUGGAACGGCUGUUGUCAAUACCGUUCUCGUAUAAGGCGAAAGAAUUCAUAGAUAAAUAUCGUGUUCCACUGAUUGCCCAAACAACUGUCGAUGAGGUCCCGAAACCGCAGUACGAUGAGAAAGGAGUGGCUUACGUAACGACUUACGAAUGUCAAAGAAAAAGUGCUUAUGCUGAUGUUACUGUUCGCUGUCCUGGGACUGGAAAGAUUACGAUCAACGGAGAGGACUUGACGUAUUUUGUGCAUGUGCAAUCAAGAGAACAGAUAAUCUUUCCACUUCUAUUCACGGAUAUGUUGGGCAAAGUCGAUGUCGAGGCAAACGUUAAAGGUGGAGGUCCUUCUGGUCAAGCUGGCGCUGUUCGGUACGGACUUGCUAAAAGUCUUAGAGGUUUUGUCAACGAAGACAUGAUUGAGAAGAUGCGACUUGCUGGCCUACUAACUCGCGACCCGAGAUUGCGUGAGAGGAAGAAGCCUGGACAAGAGGGAGCCCGUCGUAAAUUCACAUGGAAGAAACGUUAAAGUGUAAGAGAAGUUAGUUUUAACUUUGAAAUAAAGAUAGAAAUGAAAACAA